GGAAUAUCUUUCCGCAUGUUUGCUUCCUGACAAAAUGGCAGCGCGGUUUGUUGUGCCGGUAGGAGGAGAUGCUGCUGAAUUUCUUCACACAACUCUGUCCCCUAACGCUGUACCAUUUACCCCCCAUGCCAGUGACUCGAUGGACCCCGGCGUACACUUUGCCCGUUGUUCUUCCAAACUCCGAUCUCUGCGAGGGGACUCGGUUAACCUAAAAGAAGAGCUGAACUUGCUAUUUGACCAAUUUAUCUCAGAAAACUACUACCAGACUAUCAGCCCAAGCAUCAAUUUUCGCCCAGAGGAUGUGUGUAUCCUGCUUCGACACGCAUGCGCUCUCGUACCACAGAGUAACGAGCAUCUCGUCAUCAAAUUCUGCCAACUCGUACACCAUCUACUUAAUCAGCUUAAGGUAAUCGUGGAUGAGCCCACCUUACAUGCACUAGUGAGUUACAUUGUCCGUGCGUUGAGCGUUUGCAGUAAGUGGACGCACGCGGAGGUGCUGCUGGCUCUCUCCACUGUUCUGUAUGGGAAUGGACCUCAAUGCCAAAAGCACCUCCAUGGGCUCCUGGGCGAGCAGGGCCUCCUGCUGCUCUACAGCGCCCCCUCUCAGCCUGAUCUGGAGUUACGGCGUGUGGCUCUCUCCUGCAUGACCAACAUCUGCCUCGGGAUCCCUGGUCAGCUGUCUUUGGAGGACAAAUACAGGAACCAAUGUUACAGCAUCUUCCUCAAAGCCCUGCAGGCGCCCAAACCCGACAGCUGUGAUGAGCUCCUGUACAGCGCGGUGAUCCAGGGGGCGCUGAAGGGGCUGCACUGCUGUCUCUCCGGGGUAAAGUGGAGGUUCGGAGGUGGGGAAGAGGUUGGCGCUCUGCUCGCCACGUUAAAGAGGCUGAUGUUCCAGGGGACUCCGGGGUUGAGCGUUGAGUGGCCGUCUGUGCUGUACGCUGCUCCUCUUCCUCAGUACGAAGGGCCGUCCACACCCAAGCCCCCCGAACCACCGAAGGAGGCAGCCACGCCGGGCAAAGCCUCAACCAAUAAAAAGAAGAAGACCAGGGGGAAGGGCAAGAAGGCAGAGGUGAACCGAGGGGACGAUGGGGACGACGAGGAGCGAGAGACGAUGGUCCCUGGCCUUCCCAAAGGAGGGGGUGGGGGAGGAGGAGCGGCAGGAGGGGGAGAGUCCUCCACCAAACCCCCCACUACGUCCCUCUAUCCCGCCUGGAAGAGAACCAGCUCUGACUCUGAGUUUUCCGAUCUGGAAGGCAGUGCACAGUGCAAACUGAGGAUGUACCACGGGCGCGUGCGACAGAGCGCCCUCCACUGUCUAUUAGCGGUGGUGAGGGGCGUGGACAAGAGGAUGCUGUACGGCUAUUGGUCCUCCUUCAUCCCCGAUGCUCCAAUGGCAGGACCGCCUCCACUCACCCUGCUGAGCAUCGUACUGAAGGACCCCUCACCCAAGGUGCGCGCCUGUGCGCUCCAGGUGCUGUCGGCCAUGUUAGACGGGUCGCGGCAGUUCCUGGGCGUGGCCGAGGACACGGCCACGCCCCGGCCCUCGUUCACGCCCUUCUCCCUGUCGCUGGCCGCCACCGUCCGAGAGCUGCACCGCUGCCUCACCCUGGCCCUGCUGGCCGAGACCUCGGCGCAGACACUCACGCAGGUCAUCAAGUGUCUGGCCUACCUGGUGUCCAACGCCCCCUACCAGCGCCUCCGCCCCGGCCUGCUCAGUCCUCUCUGGAGACACCUGCGGCCCUACGUCCGCCACAGAGACGUGAACGUCCGCGUCUCUGCGCUGACGCUCUACGGCGCCAUGGUAACGGCCCAGGCCCCCCUGCCCGAGGUGCAGCUCCUCCUGCGGCAGCCCGAGGGCAGCGGCGGCGGCGGCAGCGGCGGCGGCACGCCGCAGGACGCGGCCCUCGGCUGGAGACACAGGGACGGCCUCUCCUCGCCGUCGAAGACGCCCGGCUCCCGCGGACGCUCCCCCCGCCUCCGGACCCCGGCGGAGCAGGAAGGGGCGGAGCCGGGCUCCCCCUGGCUGCUGGAGCUGUGCAUCCAGCUGGUGACGGAGACCCGGGACGAGCAGUCGGACGGCGAGGCAGGCGGGACAGGGGCCGCCGUGGCCUCCGAGCCCUCCCCCGUCCGCCUGGAGGCGCUGCAGGUUCUUGCCCAUUUGGUGCGGGGCUACUUCUGUCUGGCCCAGGUGUGUAUGAGUGAGCUGGGCCAGGUGAGCGCCCGAUGUCUCCAGGAGUCAGACCCCUCCGUCCAGCUUCACGGCACCAAGCUGCUGGACGAGCUGGGCACGGGGAUCAUCCAGCAGAACCGACCGGAGAGCACCGUCCCUCUGCCUGCCCGGUUGCCCAUGAGCCAGGUGGUGGAGUUUUGGACCGAGGUCCUCCGGGGGCCCCUGAACGGGGCCCUUCAGAGUGAGCAUCACCCCACCCUGCAGACCAGCGCGUGUGACGCUCUGUCCUCCAUCCUCCCUCUGGCCUUCGCACAGCUGGAGGAUAAGAUCCAGAUGAUGUGCAUCACGGUGCUGCUGGGCCUGACCUACAGUGAGAACUCCCUGGUGAAGGCGGCGGCAGUGCGGGCCCUGGGGGUCUACAUCCUGUUCCCCAGCCUCCGAGAGGAUGUGAUGUUCGUGGCCGACACAGCUAACACCAUUCUAAUGGCGCUGGAGGAUAAAUCGCCAAAUGUCCGAGCCAAAGCUGCCUGGUCGCUGGGCAACCUCACAGACACGCUUAUUGUCAACAUGGAGAGUGUUGGCACUGACUUCCAGGAGGAACUGUCCGACAUGCUGCUCCUGAAAAUGUUGCAGUCCGCCACCCGGGCUUCUGCUGACAAGGACCGGGUAAAGUGUAACUCCGUGCGUGCACUGGGGAAUCUACUCCACUUCCUGCGGUAUGGCCAGCUCACUCGCUCAGUGUUCCAGCGCCCUCUAGAGGAGGCUGUGAGGGUUCUGGUACAGACCGUCCAAUCAGAGGCAACCAUGAAGGUCAGAUGGAACGCCUGUUAUGCCUUGGGAAACGCCUUCAGAAACCCCUCCUUGCCACUUGACUCCGCCCCCUGGUCCAGCGAUGCCUUCUCCGCACUCUGCUCCGUGGUCACGUCCUGUAAGAACUUCAAGGUGCGCAUCAAGUCAGCCGCCGCGCUCUCGGUGCCGGCCCGCCGCGGUUGCUACGGCGACGUGGAGAGGUUCAUCUGCGUGUGGCACUCCCUGGCCACGGCGCUUGAGAACAGCGAGGAGACCCACGACUUCCUCGAGUACCGCUACUGCGCCAGCCUGCGCGAGACGCUCCUGCAGGCGCUGGUGCACCUGCUCAGCCUCAGCCAAUGGGAGGACAUGCCCGCUCUGGGGGCGGCGCUAGCGGGAGAUGAGGGCGGGGCCAUCAGAGGGCACCUCCUCCGCUACCUACGUGGGGAGGGGGGGGACAGAGGGACGGCGGGGGAGGGGGAGAGCGGGACGGAGAGCCUCAGCGUCCUGCAGAGAACCGAAGCCCUCCAGCAAACGCUGGCUGGGCUGAGAGAGCUACAGCUGGAGGGGGAGGAUGAAAGGGUCAGGAGGGAGAGGGAGAGCGGGAGGGAGAGGGUUGUGGACUACCUGGAGGAUCUGCUUAAGAGCAGUGCUGAGUUGGAGCUUGCGUUGUCAGCUUCAGCCGGGCCAAGCUUAUGAUUCCCCCUCAGUCUUGUUAAGGCGUGGCGGACCUCGAGAGUCAAGUCACAAUUUACCAGAGAGUGAACACUCGGGCAACAAGCCGAGAAUUAAACCAAUAUAUAGCCACAGACUCAUAAUGUAUCUUCAGUCUUUGAACGGAAGACGGUAUGUUCUUGUCUUCUGAAGACGUCUUAUGUAUUUAUUUGAUAUUUUUAUUAUUUCAAUCAUUAAAUCAUUUCCGCAAUUAAAAA